CUCGCAUAAUUUAUUCCUAGGUUAUCUGAGCUGUGUGCCUUUUGAAAGAUGGAAGCUAACAUUUCUGCUUUAUCUUCUUGCAUCACUGCUGUUUUCCCUUCAUCUACUAGUACUGGUAUAUUCUGAGUUCUGUAAACCCCAACCAUUUUUUUGAGGACACCCCAUACCUCUCCUAAUUAAUGUUUGUGCAUGUGUUUGUUUUAAGAUAAUGCAGUUCUGGAAGGUAAACGGAGAGAUUCAGGAGCAGUGCCUUGACCUCUGUCGGCUCGAGGCUAAGGUUAUGGAGAUAAAUGUCAAGGACAAGGAGACAAUUGAACACCUCCAGCAAAACAUAAAAAAACAGGAAGAAGAGCUGUGCAUAGAAAGGAAGCAGGUCAGAAACAUGAAGGCUCUUGUGCAGAGGAUGAAGGCCGACAUCAAAAACUGCUCUAGUUUUGUCGACCAGCCGCACCAGCUGAAGGCAAACUUCAUCAGACUCAAUAAGACCUACAACCAUAAACCAGAUAUGACAUUCAGGGUGAAGUUUGCAGUCGUUCAAGAGAGCAGGCAGAAGGAAGAGCUGCAAAGUCCAGCGGUUUCUCUGGAACAAAAGCAGGCUGUGGAGUCCAAAACUCAGCAAGCAGAUUGCUGCAAGACACUGAAGCUGAUGGAGUUUGAGUCUGAGGAAGCACAGAAACUCAUGAACAAGGACAGUACAGCUGAGCUCGCUGAAUUAUGCCUCAGAUACAAACAGGAGCUUCAGGCGGAGCAGGAGACCUGCAGCCAACUUAAAUAUGAAAUAAAGCUCAUGGAGAAACAGAUGGUGCAGUUCUGGAAAAUAAAGGAAGAAAUUCAGGACCAGAACCUCGAGAUCAACAUGUUAAAGGAGGAAGUGCAGAGCCUGCAUGACCAGCAUAUGGACGGGAAGAAACUCAGGAAGGAGAAGGAGCAAAAAAAGAACGUCCAGAAGAAGGAAGUCCACUUCCAAGACAUAGUCGAGAUGCACAAGACGAGCAAAACACAGAAUGAGGCGGAUUUAAAAAGGAUCAACAGCCAGUUGGAUGAAAUAUUUAAAGACUGCAAUAAACAGAUGCGACAAACAGCUGAAACUAAUCUUGAGGAAGUGAAGAGCAGGAUCGAAGAGAAAAAACUGUUCUUAAAAAAGCUCAAGUCUGAGGUGAAGGAAAUCAACAGCAAGAACCAGGAGACCAUACACAACCUGAAGGAGGAGCUGAAAGUCAAGGAUAAUGAGUUAUGUACAGAGAGGCAGAGGAUUAAAAGGCUAAAGGCUUUGUUGGACAGGAUCAAGGCUGACAUCCAGACCUGCUCAGACGUCAUCCAGCAGCCAAAACUGCUGAAGGAGAGCAUCCUUAAGCUCCACAAAAGCUACAUCACAGAGGCUGAGAUAAGUGCCAUGCCAACGGAAGACAAGAACCACAGAGGAAGGACACGGGACAGCAGGACUACAAAGAUUCAUGUGCCUGGCAGCACAUCAGUGAGGGACUCACUGAAAAGUGGAAGAAGCUCCGUGACCCUGUCCAAGUCGCCAUACAUUAGCAGCCAAACGCCAAAGCUGGAUAUUCUUAAAAUCAUGGACCUUCCACCCAUAAACACUAGAAACAUCCAGUGAUUGCCGGGGAGGUGUCGAACACUCGGAUGUACAGUAGGAUAUAGUGGGAGGGCUCUGAGCUAUCCACCAAUCAUAAGCUGUGGAAAAGAA